UGCAUCUGGCAUAGUGUCUGAGACUAAUUAAUUAACCCAAGAGUUCAAAAUGAUCCUCAACUCUACCACUGAAGAUGGUAUUAAAAGAAUCCAAGAUGACUGUCCCAAAGCUGGAAGGCACAAUUACAUAUUUGUCAUGAUCCCUACUUUAUACAGUAUCAUCUUUGUGGUGGGAAUAUUUGGAAACAGCUUGGUAGUGAUUGUCAUUUACUUUUACAUGAAACUGAAGACUGUGGCCAGUGUUUUUCUUUUGAAUUUAGCACUGGCUGACUUAUGCUUUUUACUGACAUUGCCACUGUGGGCUGUCUAUACUGCUAUGGAAUACCGCUGGCCCUUUGGCAAUUACCUAUGUAAGAUUGCUUCAGCCAGUGUCAGUUUCAACCUCUAUGCCAGUGUGUUUCUACUUACAUGUCUAAGCAUCGAUCGUUACCUGGCUAUUGUUCAUCCAAUGAAGUCCCGCCUCCGGCGCACAAUGCUUAUGGCCAAAGUCACCUGCAUCAUUAUUUGGCUGCUGGCUGGCUUGGCCAGUUUGCCAACCAUAAUCCACCGAAAUGUAUUUUUCAUCGAGAACACCAAUAUCACGGUUUGUGCUUUCCAUUAUGAAUCCCAAAAUUCAACCCUCCCCAUUGGACUCGGCCUAACCAAGAAUAUACUGGGUUUCUUGUUUCCUUUUCUGAUCAUUCUUACAAGUUAUACUCUUAUUUGGAAGACCUUAAAGAGGGCUUAUGAGAUUCAGAAGAACAAGCCAAGAAAUGAUGAUAUUUUCAAGAUAAUUAUGGCAAUUGUACUUUUCUUUUUCUUUUCCUGGGUUCCCCACCAAAUAUUCACUUUUCUGGAUGUACUGAUCCAACUGGGCAUCAUACAUGACUGUAAAAUUGCAGAUAUUGUUGACACCGCCAUGCCCAUCACUAUUUGCAUAGCUUAUUUUAACAAUUGCCUGAAUCCUCUCUUUUAUGGCUUUCUGGGGAAGAAAUUUAAAAAAUAUUUUCUCCAGCUUCUGAAAUACAUCCCCCCAAAGGCUAAAUCCCACUCAAGCCUAUCAACAAAAAUGAGCACACUUUCCUACCGCCCCUCAGAUCAUGGAAAUGCAUCCACCAAGAAGUCUGCCUCAUGUGUUGAAGUUGAGUGACACACUUGAAACCUGUCGCUGAAGUAAUCUUGUGAAAGAAGGAGCAAGAAAAACAUUCCUCUACAGCACUUCACUACCAAAUGAGCAUUAGCUACUUUUCAGAAUUUAAGAAGAAAAAGGUUAUGUGGUCUCAACGAAACUUUCCAAAGCUCUGAACAAAAGCUUUUCUUUCCCUGUGCAACAAAACAAAGCAAAGCCAUAUUUCGCCCCAUUUUGCACUAGAUAGAUGAUGGCCACUCAAAGAAUGAUGUCAGAAACUGGAUGAAUGUGUUGAUUGGGAAAAUUUUACUGACAGAAAUGACAUCUCCCCAGUCUGCUCUUGUUCUGCUAUUUUUGAUUUCCACAUAAAGGUAUUUGGAAUAUGUUAAACCCUGAGAGGAGCAACAGGGGAUCAGAGCUCAAGAUUGCUCUGCCCAAUUUCCAAAGGGCAGGAAAGCUUUUGUUCCUAUUUAGCUAUUAGCAACUCUGGCCCACUUGUACAUGCUACUGCACAUUUUGUACAUAGACUUACUAAGCAGUAAUCAUCGAGUUUCAGAAACUUUUGUGAAAGUCAACUAAUGUCUUAUAGAUUCACACUGCCAAAAUAUGCCAGCUAAUUGGCUUAUUUGUACACAGAUACUACCAAAGUCAUAUAUAAAAGCUAAACUACUUGUAAAGGUAUUACCCUGGUCCCAGGUAGUAGUGUCUUCCUAGUCAUAUCAGUUUUGUUUCAUAUCUGAGAAGUAUAUAUAUUUUGUGGUAAAAAGAUUAUAUAUCAUAAAGUAUGCCUUACAGUUAUAAAAAGUGUAUGUUCUAUCUGUAUAUGUAUAUCUAUGUCUCUAAACUGUUACUUGAUUAAGAUCUGGCAAACCUUAAAAUAAUUUUAUCAUAA